AUGGCGUGUUCUAGCGAGGAGAGGAAACAGCCCGCCCCAAGCAUAACGACGAGUCCUACGACGACCGCCACCAUCCUAACCAAUCCGAGCACGACGACCGCCACCACCCGAGCCAAUCCGAGCACGACGACCGCCACCAUCCUAACCAAUCCGAGCACGACGAUCGCCCCUUCCCCACAACAAUUGCAGGAUGGCAAGCGGGACGGAGGAGGAAAAAAUAGUGAACAAGCCCUUAGUUUAUUGAGGUUGGGGAGACGAGAGGCGAAGGAAUGUACUGUUUUUGUACACUUCCGAAGCAAGGAGCAAAGCGAAGCGAGAAAUAUUAUUCGAGCGAAGAAGGGAAGAACUAUGGCAUUUAUGAAGGCCAAGGAUGCAAUUGUGGAUGCAGAGGAGGUACAUGCGGAGGCAGAGGAGGUGGAUACGGAGGCAGAGGAGGCACUUACGGAGGCAGAGGAGGCACUUACGGAGGCAGAGGAGGCACUUACGGAGGCAGAGGAGACAACUACGGAGGAAGGGGACACUUUGGAGAUGAUGGAACAGAAGGGGAGAGUGACGGGAGCUAUGAAGGCCGAGGAGGCAACUUCGGAAGAAGAGGAGGCAUCGUUCGAAACGGAGGAGAUUCGGGCGAAGAGGGAACGAGAAGAGCCCAGUAUGGAGGCCGAGGAGGCAAUUAUGGAAACCGAGGAAACAACUAUGGAGGAGGGGGAGGAGGCUACGGAGGAAGAGGAGGAGGCUACGGAGAAAGAGGAUUCUUCGGAGAUGGAGAAGACUCGGGUGAAGAUAGUUCGAGCCAAGGCAAUUAUGGAGCCCGGGGAGGCAACUACGGGAGUCGAGGAGGCCAUUCUGGGGGUCGUGAUGGCCAUUCUGGGAAUCGUGAUGGCCAUUCUGGGAAUCGUGGAGGGGGAUACGGAGGAAGAGGAGACUUUGGCGACGGCGGAGAUUCGGGCGAAAAAUGGGAGAGCGACGGUAACCACGGAGGUCAAGGAGGAUACUUUGGAAGGAGAGACAUCUUUGGAGAAAGCGGAGACGACUUUGGAGGCCGUGGAUUCAACUUCAGAGGAGGUGGAGGCAACACGAGACCACGAGGAAGAAACUGGGACGGAGGCAGCAGUGGAGAAUCGGCACGAGGCCCCCAUUCACCCGAAGAAUCCUACGGACCGAUAGAGGGAAGGCGGAGGAAGCAUCGCUCGUGCAAGGACAGCGUGGAGGGCACCGAGUGGUGGAUGAUCUUCAACUGCUGAAUACCCGAUUGCCCGUUCAUAUGCCAUUCUCGCACGUCCCCACCCACGUCCGAAUUACGGUCUAUCGUCUGUCACGCACAUCACGUCACUGCACCGUGCACCGUCUGCACUUGCACGCACCUUCUUCCCAAUACAGCAGCUCGUUCACAAAAAAAAAUUCUCUGCAUUCGAGCGAUACAGACGCAUCCGAGACGAAGAGGAAUCGUUUCUGUUCAUUUCUUGCAGGAAAUUCGGGCAAUCCGCUCAAAUUUCAGGCCAACCCUCAAUAAAAAAUAUUCUUAAAGAUGACCUGCACUGGAACUGUUCGCACACAAUUAAUUGCAAGCAACUCACGAUAAACGUCUAAAAGCCAUAAUGAUCCAGUGAACUUCACGAAGCGCAGCCAUUCCCCAGGCUUUCAAGAAGAAGCCUUCUAUCGAAAUAGUUGGCCGGUCGUAUCACCGAG